UCCCCAUGUGCAGUGUAAAGGCAUGUUAUUACAUGUACAUUGGCACUUGAUGGUACAGAUUGCCAACCAACCAAUGUCUUUUGUCAUUUAUUUGGCUUGAACAUUCAGUGGCAUACAGCAAUAUUCUGCAAAGAAGAUAAACUCAGCAGGAAAAGAAGAAGGAAAUAUUACAAAAUUAUAAGCAUUUUGACACCACAUCAGUGCUCCGUGUAAAUUGUUCACGAAAAAUGAAUUUUGUAAUUUAGAAAUCAUUAAUGGUGCCGUUGAAUACUGUGAGUGAGCUGAUGAUAUUAAUGGCAACUUUUGCCAAGUUAUAGUCCAUAUUUACUAUUUACUGAUGUGUACUCUGAGCUUUGGUAUGGAACAUACAGAGGUUCAUGAGCACCUUUUGCAUUCAAUAGAACUGAACAUACGCCAUUGUGGAUCUCUUUUGGAAACCUUUAAGAGCCAGUCAUUGCAGAAUGCGUUCUUAUUUGGUGGAUGGCUCCAUAUUGCCAGGAAGCUCUUGGAUCUAGAUGUUAGUCUGGACAGCGAUGAUAUCAGAGACAGAUUCUCUGCUUGGAUCGUACAGAACUCUCGGAUUGAUGUUGAACAAGCUUGGAAUCAUUUAUUUCUCUAUGAACGAUAUCAGGAUUCAAACCUGCUUAGAGGCAUCAGAGAAAUACCUGAGGAUGUUGCUGACCCAUCAAGCUCUGUAAAUCAUCUCUUGACUGUAGUUUCACUGGAAGACUGCGUUGCGAAUCUACGAGAUUGUGAAACUUCCUUUGAGGUGAUCAGCAACCACUUGCAGAAAGCAAUUCUUUUGUUAGGAAGAUGGCUGCUUCUUGUGCAAACAGUAUGGAUGCCUUUAUCUUACAGUGAAGCAGAUACAAGAGAUUUCUUUACUUGGGUUGAGAGGAGCUUUGGUAUCACUGGUGAGGUGGCUCAGCAGGUAAUGCAGUGCUGCAUGUUGAACGCUGCUAUGGAUAGGGAACAGAUAAGGAGAGGUGAGGAGCCAGCUGAAGGUAGAACUGCAAGACAAGAAGAAGCCAAUAAUGAAAGAGAAGAUGAAAUAAGAAGAAUUGAUGAAAAUGAAAGAACAGAAGGCACUGGAAGGGAAACUGAAACAAAAAUACCUACAUGUAAUGAAAAUGGAUCCACAGACGCAGUAGGAGGGGCAGAGGAAAUCAGAACAGGAACUGAAACAGGAAGUGUUGAAGCAGACAAAAUUGGAAAAGUAGCAGGCGAAACAACUGAAAUAGAAAAUGCAGAUGAGAUUGGAAGAGUAGAAGUAUUUACAAAGGGAAGCGAAACAGAGGGAACUGAUGAAAUAAGAGGAAAUGAAAUUGGACAACCAGAUGGAAUAGGCAAAAGAUCCGAAACUGAUAACUCAUACAAAAUGAGAGAAAGUAACAAUCUUGGGAGAGCAGAUGAAAAUGGAGAAGAUGAAGGAGGAAUAGAAGAAGAUUAUAUGACAAUGCCUGAUCUAAUUAGGAAAGAAGAUGAAAGUUGUAAAGUAAAAGAAGAGGAUGAAAAUGAAAGCCAAGUCCGGAGUUAUACAGAAAGAUCAGACAACUCAAAGGACAUGGAAGAAACUGGUAAAGAAAGGGAGGCAAGACCAGUUGAUGAAAAUUAUGAUUCCUUUGGAAAUCAAGAAAUAGAAGAAAGAGGUGUCAACAAAGCUGAACGUGAGGACAACAUUAGGCGUGCUGAUGAACUUUCAGUUGUAGAUAUAGAUGAUAGUGGAAUUCAUGAUGAAAGUGGAACUAAAGCUGAAGAUGAGAUCAUAUACAUUAGUACUGAUUAUUCCAGCAGUGGAGAGGAAUAUGAAAGCACAGAGAAAAUUGGAGAGAAACAGAACAUUGAAAGGGAAAGUAUGCUAGAAAUUCAGUCUGCAGAUAAAAGGGAAAGUGCAGGUGAAGAUUAUUCUAAACAUGCUGCUCCUGUGGGCCCUAGGUUUGAGAGUUCACACCAUGAAGACCUGAUGAAAUUUGUUACUAAAAUAAAACUUCCUCUUCAGAGUUUAGCUCAGCAACAAGAAUUCUAUGACUCGACCAAACACAAUCUUCAUCAGGAUGUUGCCUCUUGCUCAUCGACAGGCAUCUCAAGUGAUCUUGGAAUUCAAGAACAGACUCUGCCAGCGAGUAGAUCUACCCUGGUAGGGAAUUUUGGAAUACCAUCCCAACAUGUUGCAAAACAUAACAUGCGAGAUGUUGUUGAGCUAUCCCAAAGAAGAAAUAAAACUUGCGAUGACAGCAGUAAUGAGGAACAAGAUAAGAAGAGAAAGUCAAGGUACAGCAGGUUUACUAGCGAGAAGGAACAAACUUCCCAGGAUGGUCUGGUACAGGACGGUCAUGCCAUCGACACUGAGCCUUCACAAACAGAACAGCAAUUUGGUCAACCACUUAACACCAGCACUUGCUGUGUCCCUAAAAUGGGGAGUCAUAUAAAUUUACCAACAGAAGUUGGCAUCAUUUACAGAAGGAAAUCUGGAGUAAUAAAACUUGGGCCUCAUAAAGUGCAUCAAGAUGAUGAGACUGUCAUGGAGGGCAAGAGCUGUAAUGCUGAAGCUUCUCAUGAGCAGAACAAGAACACAACAGUUGAUCAUCAAAACAAGGAAAAAGAAAAUGAUUUGAGACAAUUCCUUACACCCCGCAACUCUGACGGAAGAAGUGAAGCCUUUAAACGUCUUCCUCUUAACUUAAAAUCACGGCUUGGACCAAAUCCAAAUCUAAGUUUGGAAAAGGCACCAGCUUUCUAUGAAGAUAGGUUCACUGUUGCCCCAAAUUUUCAAGAUCAACAGAUGGGACACCUUUCCACUCAGAACCUCGACAGUUUUGAGACUAGAAGAAGGUCUGGACAUGGUGAUUCAUCUUUUGUCAAAGGUCCUUUGCUGCACAAUGAUUCUUUUAUUGACCCUGGAAGUAAACAUAGGGUUGAGAUUUUGCCUCAACAUCAGUGUUAUUCUUUAGGAGUAGGUGAGCAUCUAUCAUUGAGUGAAAUUUUACCAAGGCGCCUAGGACCUGAAGACUCCACAAAUGCCGCUUCCUUUUCUGAAGACUGGCAACAGCCUGAAAGAUUUCAGAUGAGCCAAUUAACAGUUCAUGGACCCAACCUACAAUCAUUGAAAUCAGGGGCUAGUCCUGGACAAAGCUCAGAAAGGAAUCUGCUACAGCAUUCCCAACCUAUGAUACCAUGUCAUGAUCUUAGGAGAAAUAAAGAAAGGGGGAAGGAAGAGUUUAGUGUUCUUCAGAGACUUAGAGAAGUCAAACAAAAUAAUGGAAGAAGAGUGGGACAAAUUUGUAAGCUCAGAGGUGGCAAGCGUCAACAGAUACACCCUGUAGGUGGUCAGAGUGGCCCUCUUAAAGGGCGUAUGGCUCAGCAGUGUGGUAGUAAAAUAAAAAAUAAAGGCAUUCUAGGCAGAUGUAGGAGAAGAGGAGGUAGAGGUAGAAAGAAGAGAAGAUCAAAUUUUGUUGGAGCCAACAGAUGUCAGGAAGAUGGCACCAAAGAUGAAGACAGGCGUGAAAUUUUUCAUCAUGUGGAGGAGAUCAUCAAUGAUAGAUCAUUUGUCAGUCCUGCUGAUUGGCCCCCAAGUUUAAAGGAUUAUGUCCAGAGAGCGUUUAAUUCUUGCCAGAAUGAAUCAGAGAAGGACAAAGUGGAGUCCCACCUUAAGAAGAUCCUGACAGAGGCUCACAGUCAGGGUACAGUCAUGACCAAGGAUUGGAGUCUUGAGCCCCUCCCACUGUCCCCGCACCCCAGUCCUUCUCCCAAGUCUCCCAAUGACCACCCCGAAGCUCCCUGGAGCGCAAGCCGCAACCAGGAGAACUCUCCCCGCUACGGCAGCAGUAAUUAUGCUGACAUGUCGCAGCAGGGGUUGGGUCGGGGGCGUGGACGAGGGCGUGGCCAGUGGAAUAAGAAUCAGGAGAACCAACAGAGCAGGUAUCCUGCCCGUGUGGCCUCUCCCGCUAAGGGUCGCCAUGGCCGUAAGAUCUUUGGAUUCUCCAGAGACUACAGCAGUGACAGUGAUAGCUCUUUCAGCAGGUCCAGGUCCAGGUCUAGGUCUAGGUCAAGAAGUCCCGGACGUCACAGGUCUCCCCCUUCACGUUCCCGUAGGAGAAACCGGAGAUACAGAGAUGAAAGGGAAAGAAGCCCUAGGGAUAGGAGCCGUGAGAGAGACUAUGUUCCGCUGUCUGCUGAUAGAAAGGAGAAGGGCAAAGGUCGCGGUCGUGGUAGGGGCAGAGGUCGGGGAAGGAAGAGUGAAGAGCCAGAAGUUAACAGAAAGAAUGAAAGAACACCAGGAAAGAAAGGACAGAAAGGGAAGAAUAAGAAUGUAGGUAAUGUAAACUAUGCAGAUGAUAGAGAGCGUACGAUGCGCAUGCAGAAGCGUGCAGCAAGAUUCCAGGAUAUGCUUGGUGAAGAUGACAGUCCUGCAAGUGGCAAGAAACAAAGAACUCAGAAACUUUCCCUCCAGAUAAAUGAAGACUUGACUGGAGAAGGUGAUGAUGUUGAAUGGUCAAUGGAACCCAUCGUAGGGACUAGUCAAGAAGAGUGGAAACAGUACCUCAGGCUCACUACAGCCCCAGACCCAUCUCAGGUAAGACCAAUCUCAGUCCUCCGCAAGUCUUUGGUGAAGGUCAAAGACCGAUGGAAGGAGAAGCAGGACUAUCCAUUCGUCUGCGAGCAACUCAAAUCUAUUAGGCAGGAUCUAACGAUCCAGUGCAUCAGGAAUGAAUUCUCAGUUGAAGUGUAUGAAACCCAUGGAAGGAUAGCACUCGAGAAGAGAGAUGUACCUGAAUUCAACCAGUGCCAGACCCAGCUGAAAGCUCUCUACAGUGAAGGGAUUCCAGGCAACAUCCAUGAGUUCCAGGCGUACCGUAUACUGUAUUACAUCAGUAUGGAGAAUACUAUGGAAAUGAACACUGCCCUCGCGACCCUCAAACCUGAAUCCCGACAGGAUCCCCUGGUAAAGCACGCCCUGGAGCUACGCUCCGCCUGGGCCAUGUCAGACUAUCAUAAGUUUUUCAAGUUAUAUCGUACUGCCCCACGCAUGGGGUCUUAUGUCAUUGAUAUGUUUAUAGCACGCGAGCGGAAGGCGGCAAUCAAGACCAUUGUCAAAUCGUUUCGGCCAAUGGUGUCAGUAGAGUAUGUGGCGAACAGUCUAGCUUUUGACAGCAACGAGGAAUGCAUUGAAUUCCUCACCGAACUGGGCACUAUAGUUUUGAAUGCAGAUAGGACUAAAGUGGACUGCAAACAGAGCACCACAGCCAUGACCGCUGCUGCAGCUAGUUAGAAAUACAGCAUAGUGUGAUAGAACACAAAAUCCAAAGACUUUAACAUUGAUCUAUCAAACCAAAAAUUGAAUUGAAGAAAAAGUUGUUGGUAGAGAUGACUGGCCACUGACAUCUUGAUGUUUGGAGAACUUUUUGAGAGGAAACAUCAGCCAAUGGGCAUUAUAUGUAUCAUAGCCAUUCUAUUACAUUAUGAAAAGAUGUAUCAGAAGUUGAAUCACAGAUGUUUAAUCUCAAAUGUCAGUAGUUAGCAGAUUGUCUCAGUGGAUAGGAAAUGGGGAUGGACCCUGUGCAAAACCCAUGGGAUUUACAGAUUUCAGUAGUAUAUGGGUUGAAAAAAAGAAAACUAAAUUGCUGAAAUAAAAAGUGGCCACAUGUCAUGAUUCCCCCUUAUGCAAAGACAUGAUCAGUAGAACAUUGUCCAUACAAUUUAGCAGAUGAUUUCUAACAAUUUUAGAACUUUAUUGUCAUUUGGGAUUCUGUUUGAUGCUUCAUGACAUUUCCUAGUUUGGUAAGGACUAGGAUACUUCCUUAUUUCACUGAUAUAGUUCAAUGCAUAAUCAUUUGCUUAUAUAUUUUAUGAACUUUCCAUACAAUAGUAUCGGAUAGGAUAUGAUCAAAUGUUUGCCCUUUUUCAAGAAACAAGAGAUCCAUCACCUUCAUUUGGUAUGAAAUGAAAUCAUAUUUCCAUUUAUGCAGAAAAGAAAUA